CGAAUACGACGAUCUGCCUUUCAGACGGUCGACUGAGACGCGCAGCAGCCCACAAUUCCGCCUGUUCCGGACGCGUCUGCACGUUGCACGGACUGUCUGCAUCUCCGUUGGACCCUUGGCCGAUCUCCUUGGCGGCGGUUUGGCGCAGGCCACGAGUCCUCAAAGAACAGCCCCCAAAACGGCUUUGAAUAGCUGAGAUUGCACGGCUUGCAUGCAGGCGCACCCCAAGCUUCUGCAAGACACUUGAACACGCCUUUGACAGGUCCCGCCCGACGCCCUUGUUUCUCACCGGCUUCAUGAACUAGCACGCGCCGCCUGGUCCCGCUCGCCUCCUUGUCUCCCUGAUUUCUCUCGAGCCCUCAGCUUUCCGGCGAUCUCGCUCCUUCCCAGCCUCUAUAGGUAGCGGCGAGCGGACAGAAUGCUGAGGACACUCACCUACAGUCUGCUCUGCGCGGCAGCAUGGCUGCCCGCGGCAUGGGCGGACAAGACCGCCGCGGACUACUUCAUACACUCUCUCCCUGGCGCGCCCGCAGGCCCACUGCUGAAAAUGCAUGCUGGGCACAUCGAAGUUAGCGCCGAGCACCACGGGAGCCUCUUCUUCUGGCAUUACCAGAACAAGCACAUUGCGAACAAGCAGCGCACAGUUCUCUGGCUGAACGGUGGGCCAGGAUGUAGCUCUAUGGAUGGCGCGAUGAUGGAGGUUGGGCCGUACAGAUUAAAGGAGGACGGCAACUUGGAGUACAACAACGGCUCCUGGAACGAGUUCGCCAACCUCCUCUUUGUGGACAACCCGGUGGGAACCGGAUUCAGCUACGUAGAUGGCGAUAGCUAUCUGCAGGAGCUCCAGGAAAUGGCGGACCAGUUCAUCAUUUUCCUGGAGAAGUUCUACAGCCUGUUUCCGGAGUACAUGUAUGAUGACCUUUACAUCGCCGGAGAGUCAUAUGCCGGCCAGCAUAUCCCGUACAUCGCGCGUGCGAUUCUCGAGCGCAACAAAAAAGCAAAAGAGCCUUGGAAAUUAGCAGGUCUUCUAAUCGGUAAUGGCUGGAUCUCGCCCGUGGACCAGUAUCUUUCAUACUUGCCCUUUGCCUAUAAAAAUGGCCUCAUCCACUCUGGCUCCGAGGCGGCCAAGAGGGUUGAAGCCCAGCAAGCCGUUUGUGUCAAAGCCUUGGAGUCCGGCGGAGUUGGCCAUGUGGAUGUUUCUCAGUGCGAGGAGAUCCUGUCUACUAUCCUGAGCGAAACCAUGGACAAGUCGGCUUCACAGUACGAGCAAUGUACCAACAUGUACGACAUCCGGCUCAAGGAUGACGACUCCUGCGGCAUGAACUGGCCUCCCGACCUCAAGCAGGUCACGCCCUAUCUGCGUCGGGAUGACGUUAAGGAAGCUCUCCAUAUCGAUGCUGCCAAGAAUACGGGCUGGACAGAAUGUUCAAGCAGUGUGUCCAGCAACUUCCGGGCCAGAAACUCCAAGCCCGCGAACGAAUUUCUGCCCGAGAUUCUGAAAGACGUUCCUGUUAUGCUUUUCUCCGGCGACAAGGAUCUUAUCUGUAACCACAUCGGCACUGAGGAGCUGAUCAACAGCAUGGAGUGGAACGGCGGCAAGGGCUUCGAGCUUAGCCGUGGCAACACGGCUCCUCGCCGCGACUGGACUUUUGAGGGCGAACCCGCUGGUAUUUACCAGGAGGCCCGGAACCUGACUUACGUGAUGUUCUACAACAGCAGCCACAUGGUGCCAUUCGACUACCCCCGCCGCUCUCGCGACAUGCUGGACCGCUUCAUGCAGGUGGACCUUUCCAGCAUCGGCGGAAAGCCCGUGGACUCCCAAAUCGAUGGUGAGAAGGGCCCGCUCACGAGCGUGGGCAGCCACCCCAACUCCACGGAAGCCGAGGAAGAGCAGCAAGAGAAAAUUGAUGAUGCUACGUGGUCAGCCUACUACAAGUCUGGCGAAGUUGCGCUUGUAGUCGUGGCUAGCUUGGCUUUGCUCGGAGGACUGUUUGUCUGGCGGGACCGUAAUCGCAGGUCUGGUUACGACAGCGUCUUCCCUUGGGCGAAGAACAACGGCAGCGGUUUCAUGGGAGGCAUGGGCCUGGAAGGUUUCCGGAGCAGAGGCUCAGUAAGGGAUAUGGAAUCGGGGUAUGAAGAGCACGAACUGGCCGACUCUGGCUCUUCCGCAGGCAGUGAUGAUGGAAGGCCGAGGCGGAGUCAGAGAAACGGGGCUGUGGAGGAGGAAGCAUUCGGUCUAGUUGACACGGAUGAUGAAAGCGAGCAUGGAGACAUUGGGCAGGAAAAGAGAACGAGAUGAGGGGCUGAUUAUAGAGCAUAGCAACGUACGGCGCACUGGUGAGGAUAGGCUACAGUUCUUCGUUUUCAAUUUCUUGGCUGUUCAUUUUCUGUAAACGGUGACAUAGACGUAUGUACGAAUUAGUAAUGUAUAACACUUGCAACGGUUAGAAAUGAAGUACUGU